GGUUAGAGAGUUGCGAGUGGCAGUGACCUUUCCAAAUUGAUGAGAGAGAGAGAGAUUAGAUAAAACUCAUCUGUGACUGUAAUCUAAUUGUUCCUUUUUCAACUACCAAACAAACAGAGAUUAAUGGCAAAAACAAUCGUGUUGAGUAACAAAUGGUACGGACAGGGACAACACUGGCUCACACAUUCAUCCUCCACCACGCAGAAUUUCAUCCACCGGAAGAAAGUCGACAUCGUGGUGAAUUCCUCGGAUUCAAAUGCAAAGAGAGCAAAUUUAUUUGCUGCAAAAAAGGAGAGAGUUAAGCUGCCAAAAUAUGAUGAUGAUGAUGAUGAUCUUGGAGGAAAGAAAUAUCACAUCAGUGAAUUUCUGAGUCACCCAAGUGGAAUUGCAGCUGUGUUGAACACGAGCGCCUUGCAGUCAUUUCAAUCUCUUGAUGCUAACACAUACAGGUGUGCUCUGCCUAAACUUCGAUUUUUGAACUUUGAAGCUGCUCCGUUGCUGGAUCUGCGAGUUACCUCAACAAAUGAAGAUUGCUUGGUUGAGAUGAUUUCUUGUAAGUUUGAGGGUUCAGAAAUUGUGGAACAGCAAAACAACCACUUUUCAGCAUUCAUGGUAAAUCACAUGACAUGGGGUGGUGCUGAUGCUGAAUCAUUUUUAGAAGCUGAUGUAAAGUUGAAUCUCACACUUGAGAUCUCUGUUUUGCAGAUCUACACAAGCCCAUUUACCAUGAUGCCUAUUUCAGCUGUUGAGCGUCCUGGAAAUUUAAUGAUGCAAGCUUUGGUAGACAAGCUCGUGCCACUGCUACUUCAGCAGAUGCUACAAGAUUAUGAUGACUGGGUUCAAAAGCAACUGGACUCCCUAAAUCAGGAAUUCUAGUUACAGAAAAUUACAAAUUUUUUGGGUAGAGACAACAGAGAGGGAGGUAGAACUUUGAUGUUUAGAUGAAAAGAGGGAGAGGUGUAUAAAAAUGAAUAGUGAGAAUUGGAUUUCUACGAGGUCUAUGUUAAAAACUCUGUCCAUGUGAGAUUCCUCGUAAUAUUAUUCUUAUAAGUCAUAGAUUUAGUAAGGUGAUAUUAUAUCA